UGGCGUCGAUGUGGUUGGUUGACCAGGGUUCAUAAUGGUUGCGUUCCGUUUCACGCAUAACACGCAUCGUUCGCAUAAUCAAUGCUUAGUGCAUUGGUUGCGUUUCGUUUCAUUAUGCGCAUGAUGUACAUUUUGAAACGGAACGAUGUUAACGCAUUAGAAAUGUGAAAUCAAAAUGGAUUCUACAAUAAUAAACUGUGCUGUCGGUGUGACAAUGUUUUUAAUUAAUGAUGUUAAUGAAAGUGACAGUAGUGAAUCAUCCAUUUGGAGUUCUGAUGAUUAUUAUAGUAACGAAGAAUAUGAGAACAGUUUGAGCAUCAGUGAUUUAGAAAUUUUAUAUUCGGUUUUAAUGGUGAAUGAAACUCGUGGAGAAACAAUUUUUAAAGAAAAAAUAACAGAUUUUGUUGAAAGAGUCAUCCCUGGAUACACAAGGCGCGUAUUCAAAGAACAUUUUCGAAUGUUUCCAGAAACAUUUGAAGUAGUGUUACAAUUAAUUGGAUCAGGACUAAGAGCCAUAAAUACAUUGCCUGGAAGAAAACUUAUUUCUACCGAAAAGCAACUUCUUAUUGCAAUUUGGUUCAUGUCUACUCCUUCUAUAUUUCUUAUAGGUCUGUAUCGACGAAAUUUGGAAUUGGAAAAGCAACUGCAUUCAGAGCAUUAAGACAAGUAACGUAUGCUCUACAUUGUAUUGCUCCUCAGUUUAUUCAGUGGCCCAAAGAUGCAGUUGCCACAAAAAUAAUAAGGGAAUUUGAACAAGUUUAUGAUUUUCCAAACGUGAUAGGUAUUAUUGGAACUCAUAUUAA